CGCCCGCGCUGCGCCAUUUUGAAAGUGUAAUGUUAGAAGAGGCUGAAGCGAGGGAAAUCUCAAAGUAGAGUGCAAAGUCUGCAAACCAGUGGUGAAGGUUAUAGGCUUUUUUUCCUUGGCUGGAAACUAAAUUCAUGCUUUCUUUAACAAUUGAGUUGAGGACUUUCGGGGUUACUAAACGCAUACCCAGUUUCUUAAUUCCUCCAGCGCUCCUCGGUAAGAACCUCCCUGCCGACCCGGGUCAGCAUUGCUUUCAGUCCAGGGCCUGAAUCUGCUACAGAGACGCCCAUCCGAGUCGGUCAUUAUGGCAGGGCCCGGUGGUGGGAGCAGCGAUGUGCAGUGGUGCUUUUCCCAAGUCAAAGGAGCGAUGGAUGAUGAUGUCGCUGAAGCUGAUAUCAUAUCUACUGUUGAAUUCAAUCAUACCGGGGAGCUCCUUGCCACUGGGGACAAAGGAGGCCGUGUUGUCAUCUUUCAGCAGGAGCCAGAGAGUAAGAAUCAGCCACAGUGCCGAGGAGAGUACAAUGUUUACAGCACCUUCCAGAGCCACGAGCCUGAGUUUGACUACCUGAAAAGUCUUGAGAUUGAAGAGAAGAUCAACAAGAUUCGAUGGUUACCUCAGAAGAAUGCGGCACAGUUCCUGUUGUCUACAAAUGACAAAACCAUUAAGUUGUGGAAAAUUAGUGAGCGUGACAAAAGACCAGAGGGUUACAAUUUGAAGGAAGAAAAUGGGCGAUACAUAGAUCCAAAUACUGUCACAGCACUACGGGUACCAGUGUUCAAGCCGAUGGAUUUGAUGGUGGAAGCCAGUCCCAGGCGAGUGUUUGCCAACGCUCACACCUACCAUAUCAAUUCCAUCUCAGUCAACAGUGAUUGUGAGACCUAUCUUUCUGCGGAUGAUUUGCGCAUUAACCUCUGGCAUCUGGAGAUCACUGACCACAGCUUUAACAUCGUUGACAUAAAGCCAGCUAAUAUGGAGGAGUUGACAGAAGUGAUUACAGCCGCGGAGUUCCACCCAAACCAGUGCAACACCCUUGUCUACAGCAGCAGCAAGGGAACCAUCCGCCUGUGUGACAUGAGGGCAUCAGCACUGUGCGACAAACAUGCCAAACUGUUUGAGGAGCCAGAGGAUCCAAACAACCGCUCAUUCUUUUCUGAAAUCAUUUCAUCCAUCUCUGAUGUGAAGUUCAGCCACAGUGGACGCUACAUGAUGACGCGUGACUAUCUAUCUGUCAAAAUUUGGGAUCUCAACAUGGAAAGCCGCCCAGUAGAGACGUACCAGGUGCAUGAAUAUCUCAGGAGUAAGUUGUGUUCACUUUAUGAAAACGACUGCAUCUUUGACAAGUUUGAAUGCUGUUGGAAUGGAAAUGACAGCGUGGUGAUGACGGGUUCCUACAACAACUUCUUCAGGAUGUUUGACAGAGGUUACCGGCAGGAUGUGACCCUUGAGGCAUCACGGGAAAACUGCAAGCCGCGAUCAGUCCUGAAGCCUCGCAAAAUAAGCACAGGUGGGAAGCGCAAAAAGGAUGAGAUCAGUGUAGACAGUCUGGACUUUAACAAGAAGAUUCUCCACACUGCCUGGCAUCCUCUGGACAACAUCAUUGCUGUGGCCACCACCAACAAUCUGUACAUAUUCCAGGAUAAGCUGAACUAGCAUUUGUUAAACCACUCAGAUCCCAGUUUCUGCUUGAGCCCUAUUUCUUAGAUUUAAAAUAGCAACAAUACAUGUCUUUUUUUUUUUUUUUUUUUUUUUUUUUUUUUUUGCAAAAUCCUAAUAUCUUGAUAAGCUUUGUCCUUGGAAUUUGUGACAAAGGCAUUAACACAAUACAUCCAGUCAGGCCAUUACAAGCACAUCAUACAGUAUAUGAGCACUGCUAACAUGAACAUGCAGGGGUUUUGUAGAUCUAAGUUUGGAAUUUUGUGUCCUAGGUUUUCUUCAUUAGUAGCACUCCAUUCACUGAGCUCCCAUUUGCAUCUCCACUACAUCCCAAACCAAAGGGAAAACAUUUUUCAUUAUUUUUUUUUUUUGUGCCAUAGUGACAUGAUUUAUUUAUCUGUCAUAGCCACCCCCUUUUCAAAUUUUUGUAGCUAUUGUAUUUUAGUAGUUUGAGUAGGAUAUUUCUUUUAGUAUUUUUGUCUUACUGUCACUAAAUUCCUUUCAGUACUGGCCUGAAAUACAGCUAAUACUAGCUGUCAACACUCCAUUCAUGCCUAGUAACUAUCAAGUUGCCAAGUUUUCUUACCGCUGCUUUCCUAAUGUAGUGUGAUUUUGCUGUAAAACGUACUUUUCCAAUGCUCAUUCUCUAGAAAUGAUGAUGACUACUGCUAGUAAUUUGAACAACAAAAUGAACAAAUGUGUCUUUAAUCAAAAUUUUCAUUUAAAGCAGCCACUGUUAUACAUUAAUCUUUUUGGAGUAUGAAAGUUUUUGAUAAGGAAUUGGUAAGAGAUGCACUGCAGAAAACUCAGUGUUUCAGGCAUUUUGACCCCUUUUAGACUUGGAAUAUUCAACAGUAAUGGCUUCAUCAGUCUGUUUAAGAAACAAACUGUUGGGUGUUCCUCGCGGCCUUACUCAGUGAUGCAGAAAGCCAUAGUACAGGUGAAAUUCUUUCACUUAGGAUCCAGCAGCAUUAAUACUGCC